GGUGUCGCUGUUUCACAGCUCCCUGGUCAAUGACUAGGCCUAUAAAUGCACCCACCUAGAACCAAUUACCUUGAUUUCUUACUCAAACCAUGGCAUCAGCUCAAGCCAGCACAGAUCUCAGCAAGAUCUCAGAGGGCAUGUCCCUUUCAGAUCUGGACGUUUGCUUUUGUCUUCCGCAAAGUUCCUCUGUCUCUGCCCUGGAGAGCUCGGCCAACACAAUACAAUUCCCCAAGGACAUUCUGGUGGACUUCUCCAACCUGAGCCACUCUACCCUCAAUCUUGAAUGGCUUCCCACCUCGCCCAUUGUGUUGUCCCCAACAGUGGAGCCACAGCAAUGUUCCUCCUUCCCCCAAACGCACACCCUUGGGCUCCCCAUAUCUUUGGCUGGAAAGUCGACUUCAGUAGCAGCACCCCUUCAGAAAGUGCUCAAGACCCCGGUUUUGACCAGCUCGCCAAACCUCUCCGGUCUGGACCUGAGUGCCAACAACGCACCCUGGGAGCUCUCACAAAUCAGACCCUUGUUGGAGACCUCCAGAGUUCAGCUGGAGUGGACUGAGCUUGACCUGACUGCGAGCCCAAGGAACAAAUCUGCAGCGACUGCCAUGGCCGAGAUCUCAUCCCUGGUGUGUACAGCCACGUCACCACAACCGGCUGCCACCAGCCAGUCUGAUGGCCAGAGAUCCUGGAAGGAGACUCUUCCGCUGGGGAGCGGACAGGAGGGCACGCAAAGUCUGGAUUAAUGGAAGGCAGUGAUUCCUGUGAAAAGCUGAUGCCUCAAAGGUAUUUAACUUUUCAACACCAACAAGUAACUACUGAAUUUGGCACAAUACAUUUCGUGCCAGUAACAUAAAAUGUGCCAAUGUGUGUAACUGGACUUCUAAAAUGUUCCGUUUUCCCCCCUGACUGGGAAUGUGAACUUUUCUGUACAUAUUUUUAAGGAGGAAAAAAAAAACUUUAAUAAAGCUUGAAUUUAUAUAAA